AUGUCCGCUCCCUCUUCAACAGGAGGGCCGGGUAAAGGUGGCGGAGAAGACCCCGCCAAGUCCACCGAGCAGGAGGACCGGACUCGACCUCAGAUCCUGUCGGGAUCGGGCUUCUGCAAAUGGUUCAACGUCCGGAUGGGCUUUGGAUUUAUCUCAAUGACCAGCAGCGAAGGGAGCCCCGUCGACCCGCCUCUGGAUGUUUUCGUCCACCAAAGCAAACUGGUGAUGGAGGGCUUCCGCAGCUUAAAGGAGGGUGAGCAGGUGGAGUUCACCUAUAAGAAGUCCUCUAAGGGCCUGGAGUCCCUGCGGGUGACCGGACCUGGUGGGGGACCCUGCGCAGGCAGCGAGAGGAGACCCAAAGGGAAGGUCCCACUCCAGAAACGCAAACCAAAGGGAGACCGCUGUUAUAACUGUGGAGGUCUGGAUCACCAUGCCAAGGAGUGUGGCCUGCCCCCCCAGCCAAAGAAAUGCCACUACUGCCAGAGCAUCACGCACAUGGUGGCUCAGUGUCCCCACAAGGCGCUGGCGCCCGCCACAGGCUCUCAGGACCAACAAGCGUCUACCUCGGCCUUCAGCCCAGGGACCGGGCCCUACCUCUGCCUCCCGGAGGAAGAGGAGCGCUCCGGCUCGUCUCCCCUGGAGGGCUCCUCCUCCUCCCCCGAGGAGCCCCACACACACCGCGGCCCCCGGACCCAGAGGUGGAGGAAAUCCUGAAGAAAGCCCAUAAAGGUGAACGUGUCACCGCUAACCCCUGAUCCUCAUGUCUCCCCUCAAUCAAGGAUACCUGAA